AUGAUGGACGCAAGCUGGGCCCGUUUUCGCGCGGACUUGAGCCGACCUCUUCCGGUGGGCUCGACCUCGGAAUUGCUUUCUCAUUUGCUUUCAUAUCAAAUCACGUAUUUUUUAUGCAUUCUCUUCUAUUUUCCAGACAACUCGUCUUCCCAGCGUCGUGACUUUGGAAACUGUCAACUGCGGACCCUUCAACCAAUCCGGAUUUGUGAGUUGAAGGUGUGUGUUGGCGCAUGUCCAACUGGGCCAAAGGCGACGGUGGAUUGUCAGUGUUUUGGACCAUUUGGAGCAUGUUCAUGCGUUCCUGGUGAGGCAGUCUUGGAAACAACCGCUUGA